CGUAAAGUGGUUUAUUUACUUUCAAGGUUACGAUGCCUCACUCGACUCUUACGGAUUGUGACAGAUAUGAAGAAGGUGAUUUAUGUACGGAAAAAAAGCAUCUUUGGUCUAGUCUACUCGAAGAGGUUACACACAAGGCUGCAGUGACAUUGUCUCCCUCCAAAACUCUUGUUGUUUUGGGUGAUGACGAGUGUGGGAAAACUACUCUAAUGGCUCGACUUCAAGGUACAGAAGAUCCAAAAAAAGGUUUUGGACUUGAGUACACUCUUUUGGAUAUCAAGGAUGAAGACAGAGAUGAUCAAACGAAGCUGAAUGUGUGGAUUUUGGAUGGCAACACAAUUCAUAGUCAUCUUUUAAAGUUCGCGAUCAAUGAAGAAUCGUUCGGAGACUGCUUCAUCAUGAUAUGUGUGAGCAUGAUGGAACCAUGGAAUAUUAUUAGCAGCUUAAAUAAGUGGGUUGGUAUCUUAAGAGAACAUAUUGGUAAUCUCAAAGUUUCAAAUGAGAAGCUUCAAGAAUACAAGAAAAAUAUUUUGCGCCAAUUCUGUAGUUAUCUAGAACCUGAUGUACUAUCUAACACUGCUCAUGUCGCGCCCAUGUGUAUCAGUCCAUCUGGCAAUCAUCAACCUAAUGGACUUGUUUCACCGAAAAAGUUAUCGGGAAUACACCCUGCAACUGCUGCUCUUCUCUCAAGCACAUUAAACUCACUAUCCGAAACUGCGUCUCAGCCACCGCCUGUUAUAAAUGUCGAACAAGCAAACAUUUCUAUGGAGACAAACACUGAUGAAAAUGCUCUAAUCAACAAUUUGGGGAUUCCAAUAGUUGUAGUGAUGACAAAGGCUGAUUCUAUGGGGGCUCUGGAAAAAGAAAAUCAGUUCACAGAAGAACACUUUGACUUCAUUCAAAUGCAUGUUCGACGUUUUUGUUUGUCCUAUGGAGCGGCACUGUUUUAUGUGUCAGUAAAGGAGGACAAGAACUGUGAUUUGCUAAAUCGUUAUCUACAAAGUCGUAUCUACGGUUUUCCAUUCAGUCAAACUGCGUAUGUUGUCGAAAGAGACUGUAUUUUCGUUCCAGCCGGAUGGGAUAACCUAAAGAAAAUUGGAAUUCUUGAGGAAAACCUUACUCAAGUUCAACCACAUAGUCUGUAUUCUGACGUAGUUCCUCCACCACCGUCGAAAAAAGCAGCAGUUCGCGAACCGGAACUAUUUACUCAAGAUGACCAAUCAUUUCUUACUCGCCUCUCGGUCAGUAUGCAAAGAGAUAAUACUCAAGCAAAUAUUUCAAAUAAUACAAUAUCUGGUAAUUCGGAUUCUGUCAUGGAUCAGCUUGGAACAACUACUGCCUUGAUGAAUACAUCUUCCAAUGUUGGAAGUAGACCAGUUUCUGGAUCUCCUCGUACACCUGGUUCUGCUGGUAGAUCAAAGCCUCCUUCAGCUGUUGGUGGAGCUGCUGGGACAACAGGUGGACCUGGACCAGGGGCUUCUGAAGGUGUAUUAGCCAAUUUUUUCAACAGUCUGCUUAGCAAACGCACACCUGUUGUUGGUGGAGUUGGCGGUAUUGGUACAUCUGCAUCACUGAGUACACAAGGUUCUCUAGAUAGGACGUCGAUCUCACAAAAAGAUAUUCAAUCUGAGCUAAAGAGGUUGGCUCAAAGCUCUCGUGAAGCACUGGAUGUUGGAGACAAUGGUCCUGAACAGUUAUUGGGUGAUGUUCGACAACAAAAACUGGACGAAAUGAAAUCAGUUGUCUCCUCAUCUCCUAAACCGACUAAGACAACAUCUAGCACUAACGAGCAACCAAGUCAAGUUUAGCUAUGCAUUGAUUCUUAUUAUUUCCCAUAUUCUUGGUCUACGAAUUCGGUUAACAAUUCAGAUUAUCUUCAAUACAACGAACUGUAUGCUUUAAUAUAACAUUUUCAUUCUUCUUUUUCUUAUUCUGAUGUUUGGGUUUCGAGUUCCUUUUUCGUUAUAUUGUUUAUAUCAAACAAGCGCCUUCAAUAUGUGACUCAUAACCUAGGUCCCGGUCAUCAUUAUUCAAAAUCAGUAUUCUCAGAAUUGACAUUUGUGCAAGUUGACUUUAUAAAAGCGGUUCUGUAGAGGAAACAUUUGCUUUAGCUGUGUGUCGUAAAUUGACCAACCUUAUCACGCCGUCUCGACAGGUAAAAAGGUGCGACUAGUAAUUAAGUGCAUGUUUUAUGUAAGGCCGUAACCCUAAUCAUUGACCUGGAAUCGACUGACUUGCGAUAAAGUAGUCAGUCAGUGAUUUGAACUUCAGUCAUUCUAUAACAUCAAAUACUAAGAAAAUAUCAACUGGCUUGACCUAGUGGUUGGAUACUAUGAGUAUUGGUAUGUGUGCAUAUCAACACUUAGGUGGUGCUUUUCGUUUAUUCGACGACAUGUACUAGACUGGGAAUGCUAUACUUACUAAACCCAACAAAUUAUAACAGGGAUGCCAAAGCAUUUAUACAGUAACACGACUCCGGUGGGUGUUCAUUACCAGUGUCAAGCACUGUUGGUCUAUGAAGUAUAACAUAGGGAUGGGUUCGAGAUAUCCCUGAGAUUAUUGGCUUCACAGCGCUGAGGGACAAUCUUACGCAAUAUUUUCCUUGACAGGACUUUUGUCCGGUGAUGAUGGUUUGGACUCUGACGCUGUUUAUUUCAAAACACAACCAGUGAGCAAGUAAGCGUCUGCGACUUCUCUUAAUAACUGACGCUUCUGAUGUAACCAGAGUCAGCUGCAAUGUCCAGUGUUGCCACAACGUAGCUAUAGUAACCUAAACUCUUGGUACCAAGAAGUAGCUAGUCCUCGAGUGUUACGAAGUACACUGUUCAUCCUUUUUGAGCAUGGUUAUUAUCAUACACCGCAUGGUCACUAACAGGAACGCCGAUUGUUUUAAUAAGACCAGAUGACAAACAACUCGGAGAAGCGGUAUCCGUCAAGAGUUAAGGCGACGCCGCAAAUAUCGCCUCGAUAGUUUGGAGUAUCUGACAAUGAGUGUGUCCAAUCUCACCGCGUUCAAAGCAUCCAGAAUCACGAAUUACGAGAAUGAAAAUUUACUAAACUUGCUCUCACCUUUGUGGCUUGCUUUGCGAUCCUUCUUUGAAUUCGAAAUCAAGUACAAAAGAUAAUUAGUUCAUACAAACACUACAGUCGCAAAUCCUUGAACUUUAUUUAAAUAAUCUCUAAUGCCUUGUUCACUCGAUGGUGUACUUUGCUAUCAGAGCCACUCAAACUCGCAUUUGCUUAUUAAGAGUUCCCGUAUGCGUGGAAAUGUGAAAAAUAGCACGACAGCGAUUUGCGAAGCAAAACACAUAAGUAAGCACAGGUCUUACAGAUGUAUUUCCUGCGGUGAACCGUAUGUAUCUCGUAGUAAUAAACGCAUUAAAUUUAGUAAACCCGGACAUAUUUAGUCAGUAUGAAGGCCUACUGUUCAUUUCGGUGCAAAUUCACUCCGUUCAUUGGUGCUCGUCUAGUUCCACUUUCUGCCAAUUGCACUAUUUUGAAAAUUCCUUCUAAUUAUCGUACAUAUCUCAAAAUAGGUUUUUCAGUCACAUCAACAAUUCUAGUUUGUGUAUCAUUUACUGAUAUCAAGGUUUCAGUAUAUGUUCACUAAAGAGUUGACACAGUCAUUUAAGAUUUAUUAAACUAAUCCCGGUUUUUGAAGCUUCUGGCUUGAAAAAAGGGUGAAAUAUGUUGUAGCAGCUAUAAAAUUUCGAUCUCGCAUAUAAAACUGCAUGCAUUUUUUAUUUAAGUCUUGUCUAGUGUCGAUCUGUACUUCCACCUGAACUGUAUAGGCAACAUGCGAAAUUACAAUACACGG